AUGAGUUUCCAUUCAAUCUCAUUACUACUAACAAUAUUUCAACUCACACUAACAAAUUCUCAAUCCACACUUUGUAGAACAUCAUGUGGUUCCAUUCCAAUUCAAUAUCCUUUUUCCAUUGAUGAUGGUUGUGGAAGUCCUUAUUACAGAUACAUUCUUUCUUGUUCUCAAUCUUCUGAUCAUUCACAUAACCUUCAACUAAGAACACCUUCUGGUAGUUACCUUGUUCAUCACGUUAGCUAUAUUGAUCCACACAUUGUUGUCACUGAUCCAUUCAUGUGGAACUGCGAAGAUGGUGAAAGUUUUCGUCCCACGAGACCGUUUAGUUUGGACACGAGCACGCGUUUCAAGCUUUCGCCUCAAAAUCAGUAUCUUUUCUUCAAUUGUAGUGAAGAGAAAGUUAUUGUUAAACCAAAGCCUGUGUUUUGUGAAAAGUUUCCUGAACAUUGUGAUUCUUCUUGUGACAGUGCUAGUUAUCUUUGUAGGCAUUUGCCAAUGUGUUCUUUUGCUAUGAGUGGUAGUUCUUGUUGUUCUUAUUAUCCUAAAGCUAGUGAGUCUUUGAGGUUGAUGCUUAUGUAUUGUUCAAGUUAUGCUAGUGUUUAUUGGAGAAACGUUGGUGCACCUCAACCUUAUGAACAAGCUCCUGAAUAUGGAAUUAGAGUUGAUUUUGAUGUUCCCGUUACGACAAGGUGUCUUCAAUGUCAGGAUCAAUCUAAAGGUGGUGGUGGAACUUGUGGAUUUGAUGUACAAACUCAGAGUUUCAUGUGUUUAUGUAAGGAAGGAAAUUCCACCACUCAUUGCAAUGAUUAUGAUAGUGCAAGGCACAAUAGGAAUGUCCAUGUAAUUGCAGGGACAGUUACAGGCAUUUCAGCUUUUGGAGCACUUGGAAUAGGAGCUUUUAUUUGGUACUUAAAGAAAGUGAGAUCUAAAGCACCAGUAACAUGUGGAGUUCAAAACAAUGAAAACAGACUUUUCUAG